AUGUCAGGACUCCAUGAGGUACAGACCGGCUCCGGCCGUCUGGCUGGUAAAGUUGCGAUUGUCACCGGAGCGGCAUCCGGCUUCGGUCUCGCCGUAACGCAAAAGUUCGUCGCCGAAGGCGCCAAAGUCGUCGCCUCCGACAUCAACGCCGCAGGGCUAGAGAAAGCCUUCUCAUCGUCCUCCAACUACGCAGCCAACGUGGCCACCAUCUCCGCCAACGUGACCUCGGCCGAAGACUGGCAAAAGAUGGUCGACCUGGCCGUGUCCAAAUUCGGCGGGCUCGACACCGUGGUCAACAACGCCGGCACCAGCUACAAGAACAAGCCGACCCUUGAAGUCACCGAGGCCGAGUUCGACAAAGUCAUGGCCGUUAACGUCAAGAGCAUCUUUUUGUCUGUCCCUGCCGUCGUACCGGCCUUGAAGAACCGCGGCGGCGGUAGCAUUAUCAAUGUCGCUUCCAUUGGUGCCAUGAGACCAAGACCGGGUCUGGUCUGGUAUAAUGCUUCGAAAGCGGCUGUUGCAAACGCCACCAAAGGUCUCGCCGCCGAGUUCGGCAAAGAACAAAUCCGCGUCAACGCUUUAUGUCCUCUCCUCUCUGGAACCGGCCUGUUCGAGAUGUUUGUCGGUGUUCCGUACACCGAGGAGAAUAUGAAAAAGUUCUUGUUCAACGUGCCUCUGGGCAGACUUACGGACCCUGCGGAUGUCGCCAAUAUUUGUUCUUUCCUCGCCUCUGACGAGGGCAAGUUCAUCACCGGUGUUAAUCUCGAGGUUGAUGGUGGUCGAUCUGUGGGUGCUUAA